GAGGAGCCCGUCUGGGGUUUUUCUCAACCCAGGCGUUCAGGUUAGGCAACCCAAGAGAGGCGCUCAGUUGCUUUGCACCCUCCUCCCACCUCGGUUCUGUCCACACCCACGGGCGCCCCGCCCCCUCGGCCUUAUACAGGGGACCCGGCACCUCUGCGCGCCUCGGAGCCAGAGGUUUCUCGGAGAGGAAGUCGCGGGUGCCUCCGGGGCCAGUGAGCCCUGGCGCCGCAGCGGUAGCGGCCUCAGUAGCGGAGUAGGGCGGCGGCUGCGCCCCCACACCAUGGAGGGCAGCCUAGCCCCAGCCGCGGUAGCAGCCGACCUCCGCCGCCGCCCGCGCCGCUACUGCCCCGUCCCGCUGCGGCUUUCUGGACGCCAUCCCCUCCUCACCUCGAAGCCAACAUGAAGGAGACCCGGGGCUACGGAGGGGGUGCCCCCUUCUGCACCCGCCCCAACCACUCCUACACUGGCAUGUGGGCGCCCGAGCGCUCCGCCGAGGCUCGGGGCAACCUCACGCGCCCUCCAGGGUCCGGCGAGGAUUGCGGAUCGGUGUCCGUGGCCUUCCCGAUCACCAUGCUGCUCACCGGUUUCGUGGGCAACGCGCUGGCCAUGCUGCUAGUGUCGCGCAGCUACCGGCGCCGGGAGAGCAAGCGCAAGAAGUCCUUCCUGCUGUGCAUCGGAUGGCUGGCGCUCACCGACCUGGUCGGGCAGCUUCUCACCACCCCGGUGGUCAUCGUCGUGUACCUGUCCAAGCAGCGCUGGGAGCAGCUCGACCCAUCGGGGCGGCUCUGCACCUUCUUCGGGCUGACCAUGACUGUGUUCGGGCUCUCCUCGCUGUUCAUCGCCAGCGCCAUGGCCGUCGAACGGGCGCUGGCCAUCAGGGCGCCGCACUGGUACGCGAGCCACAUGAAGACGCGCGCCACCCGCGCUGUGCUGCUCUGCGUGUGGCUGGCCGUGCUCGCCUUCUCCCUGCUGCCGGUGCUGGGCGUGGGCCAGUACACGGUGCAGUGGCCCGGGACGUGGUGCUUCAUCAGCACCGGGCGAGGGGGCAACGGGACUAGCUCUUCGCAUAACUGGGGCAACCUUUUCUUCGCCUCUGCCUUUGCCUUCCUGGGGCUCUUGGCGCUGACAAUCACCUUUGCCUGCAACCUGGCCACUAUUAAGGCCCUGGUGUCCCGCUGCCGGGCCAAGGCCACGGCAUCUCAGUCCAGUGCCCAGUGGGGCCGCAUCACGACCGAGACGGCCAUUCAGCUCAUGGGGAUCAUGUGCGUGCUGUCGGUCUGCUGGUCUCCGCUACUGAUAAUGAUGUUGAAAAUGAUCUUCAAUCAGACAUCAGUUGAGCACUGCAAGACACACACGGAGAAGCAGAAAGAAUGCAACUUCUUCUUAAUAGCUGUUCGCCUGGCUUCACUGAACCAGAUCUUGGAUCCUUGGGUUUAUCUGCUGUUAAGAAAGAUCCUUCUUCGAAAGUUUUGCCAGAUCAGGUACCACGCAGACAACUAUGCAUCCAGCUCCACCUCCUUACCCUGCCAGUGUUCCUCAACCCUGAUGUGGAGUGACCAUUUGGAAAGGUAGAGUCUCACUCUGUUGCCCAGGUUGGAACAUAGUGGCGCAGUCUCAGCUCACUGCAGUCUCCGCCUCCUGGGUUCUAGAGAUUCUCCUUCCUCAGCCUCCCAAGUAGCUGGGAUUACAGGUGACCUCCACCACGCCUGGCUAAUUUCUGUAUUUUAGUAGAGAGGGCUUUUCACCAUGUUAGUCAGGCUGGUCUCAAAGUGCUGACCUGAAAUGAUCUGCCCACCUUGGCCUCCCAAAGUGUUGGAAUUAUAGGCAUGAGCCACUGCACCCAGCCAGUAGAGUCCUUCUUAAAUAGCAGAACCAGUUGUGAAUUAGCUGUAAAUUAUAACUAUUUUCUUCUAAAUCUAUAAUUGAAAUGGUCUUAACCAGCACAAAGCCAAUGCUAUACAUAAAAUGAGUGUUACACAAUAGAUCCUCAGAAAGCAUUUACUAUGAUGAAUUCUUUACCCAGACUUAUCUCUACCUAUUUAAUAUGAAUCUCAAUUUCAACUAUAAACUGGCUUUCUGACUGUGUGGGUUUAAAUGUCAUGAACAGAAUCAACCCGAAACAUUUAGAUGCUAUUCUUGUUUACAAGACCUCGUGAUAAUUUUUGUCCAUGGAAAACCUACCCACUUCCCAUGUGUUCAGAUCUCACCUUGUCCUCAGGUCUUGAGAAUUUAAGUAUUUUUGCUCUUUCCUUACCUCUGUCCCCAGCUUUGAAGUUACGUAGUACUCAUUUCAACUAUUGUAUUGUACUAUUCCUUAAAUAUUUUCAUUGUUUAUAUUUCUUCCCACGUGACAAAACUGUAAUUCACAUGUUUAGUGUAGAGAACUCUUUUCUUAAUUUUUUCCAUAGGCCUCUUGGCCCUAGUGAUGUGUUUGACACCUAGAAAGAUGUUACUUGUUAAGUAAAUUAUCAGCAAAGGUAACAUUUAUGUACAACAUUAAAAUAAAUGAACACGAUAGCUCUCUGUU